AUGGCAGACUCUGGCUGGAUGCGGCUUCUUCCAGGCCAACGAUGUCGCACUCCAAGUUCCCCUUUGACUACCUACGAUGCAGCCGGAAUCGAAGACACCUUUGAAGCGAACCAUCUAAGAAUUGCUCCACGCCCCUUGGCUGGGUUCUACCACUCGCCUGCAGAUUCUGGAAACGAUAUCAUUAUCAAGGAGGCCGAUAGACUCCAACACACGCCAUCUGUGAACGAAAUGGCUGAUGUGUUGCGAACCACCAUCAUGGUAUCUUCGACGCCACCGACGCUGGGACCCCAGUAUACGUCGUAUGUGCUCCAUCUCAUCGAAGGCUACAGCAAAGCUCGGAUAAAGUUAUCCAAGAAGGAGAAAGAAGUCAUCCAGCUGGAAGCAACGCGGCAAGAGGACAAGGAGCGGAGCAAAGCCCUUGUUUCCGACUGGGCAGCCCAAGAGGCGCGAUACAAAGCUGAGAUCAAGCGGCUAGAGCUCAUCAUUCAAAAAGUUUCUAGGAAAGGCGUCGAAGCUGUGGCACUGGCUCGAUCAGGCAGUCUUAUUCGGAGAGGUGGGCAUAUGGCAGAGACAAACGGGCUUGAAGUGGCGGAUUCAGGGGAAUCUCGAUUUGGUGAAUAUGAUCUUGAGUCUCCUUUUCUUCAGGGUAAGGGUGGCCAAGGCAGGCGAACGUCUUCAUCCAGCGACACCGUCGAUUUAGCAGCUCGCUUGAACACAAAAAGGCAGCUUUGGAGACAUCGUUCUGAGAACAACCUUCUGGAACCAUCACGAAAAGGCAGAAUUGGCCGUGGAGAACACAGACACGGCCAACUCUUGCUAUAUUCAACAUUACCCCAGAUGCCCUUUGCAGCAGACACUUCAGAAUUCAAGCCAGAUGAGAAUGGCAGCAUACCAUGUGAGGAACGCUUAAUCGAGAGUUUCACGACUGAUAGCGAAGAAACAAUUGUGCAGUGA